AUGAAUAUAUUGUAUGUAGCUUUGGUUUACGCAGGUUUUUUUGACGCGUGUGUAAUUGCAAGAGGUGGACAUGGUGGUCACGGUGGUCACGGAGGGCACGGUGGUCAUGGAGGGCACGGUGGACACGGUGGAUAUCACGGGGGACACUCGUCAACUCGGGGAUCGUACGGUUCCCACGGUUACAAUCACGUUACGUCAAGGCAUUACUACUACACGUAUCAUCCGCCGACUCAAAUACACUACACUUGCCGGCACUGCUCAUCGUCUGGGUCUGGAACAUAUCCUGUGUACAGGCAUCAGUUGCCUUCCUACGUAUAUAUAUACAAAGACACAGGCGGCAGGUACAACCAACUGCUCACAGGGCUUGCAAUGUAUAACUUGGGACGAUCAUCAUCGGGAUCGAAUUCUAAUUCGUAUUCAAGUCGAAACUAUGCACCUAGUCAAGAAGAAAAGUGUUCACUACAAGUAACCGAUCUAAUACAUUUUGAAGAGACAGAAUUUCCAUGUUUUAUGAUUUCUUCAUUCAUACAAUCAUCGAAAUCGAAUACAGAAAAGUCGAUUGAUAUAACUUCGUCACAAAUUGAUGUCAGGCCGGAGUCUACUAGAGAAGAUCCAUUGCAGGUGACAGAGGACCAGGAGUGCAUUUUGUGGCAUAAUACGACUACAGACAAAGAGAAAAAUCAAGUACCGUGCGCUUUGUUGAAGGAGUACGCAAAGACAGUGACAUCAAACGGAGUUCCGGUGUAUAUUUGGUUACCAACGUUAAUUGCUGUGAUUAUAACGAUUUAUGUGACUUGUUAUUACGUUAAUAAGUAUAGGCAGUCACGUGUUAAGGAAACUACGCCCCUCAAUGAUAUUCCCGUUGUAGGAUAUUCUGCAAAUCAUUAG